AUGUAUUCCUGUCCUGAGUGUGGAAAAUAUUUUUCAGUCAAGUCCAAUCUUUACAAACAUCAGAGAUUGCACAUGGGGUUAAAAUCAUAUUCCUGCCCUGAUUGCGGAAAAUGUUUUGUUCAAACAUCGGAUCUUGUCAAACAUCGAAGGACUCACACGGGGGAGAAGCCGUUUUCUGUCCUGAGUGUGGGAAAUGUUUUUCACAGAAGUCCAAUCUUAUCGCGCAUCAGAUAUUGCACAUGGGGCAGAAGCCGUUAUUCUGUCCUGAGUGAGGGAAUUGUUCCUCAACGAAGUCCUGUCUUCCUGUACAUCAGGGAUCCUUGA